CGAGCUGCUGCCCGAAUCGGUCCAAUGCGGCUGCGAACAUUUUUAGACAGUAGCGUGGUUUGAAGGUCCACCACUAACGUAGGGCUCUAUCUAGGGGUUCAGCCAGCUGCUGUGGCAGCGAGUAGUCGAAUCCAUCACGGUUCGCAUUUUCAAUCUCGGAGCACCUCAGUCCAGAAUCCCUCUCGGCCUGCCAGCUUCUGAGGGUGUGCCGCUUAACGUGAGCAGACAAGAAUGACCGAGCAGUGAACUCAUUGUCUCGACGGACGUGGAGUCCCCGCCAAUUACUUUCAGCAUUCUAGGUGGCCUGGACAACUUGCCACAUCAGUGUCUCGACGCUCACUGCGAGUCUCCAAAGCGCGCAUUUUGAGGAUAGCAGAGGCCGAACCCUCGGCAGCCGCGUCUCUGCUUCCGCGCAGCUCUCGCAUCAAUUCAUCAAUCGAUAAUCCAAGCUCGACCACGCAGACAACAUGGCGGCCGGGAGUGUUCGCUAUGUUCGCUACAUCCUUGUGGCCUUCUUUAUACUUGCCGUCCUGUACUUCGUGUCGAAUUCAUCACCAGUAGGCCCUGCCUUGACGAUUCCAACCUCGAAAACGCAACCCGCCGAUAAGAACGCCCAACCAACGACCAAGGAGGCGCCGAACACGCACAAGAUCAGCACCAACUACGAUGCAGACAAAUAUCCCUUGGCUCUGAAGCCAGGCGAUCCAGGUUGGGAUGAUCUUACCACCAUCAACAGUGGCCCACGCAUGAACGCGACAUUCGUGACGCUCGCACGCAACGGGGAUGUGUGGGAGAUUGCCAAAUCGAUCCGUCAGGUUGAGGAUCGUUUCAACCGGCGGUACAACUACGACUGGGUUUUCCUAAACGACCAACCGUUCGAUGAUCUUUUCAAGAAGGUGACAACCUCUCUUGUUUCCGGCAAGACGCACUACGGCCUGAUUCCCACGGAGCACUGGUCCUUCCCACCCCACAUCGACCAGGAGAAGGCAAAGAAGGUGCGCGAAGACAUGGCGCAGAAGAAGAUUAUCUACGGUGACAGCAUCAGCUACCGCCAUAUGUGCCGAUUUGAGUCGGGCUUCUUCUUUCGCCAGCCAUUGAUGAUGAAUUAUGAAUACUACUGGCGCGUCGAGCCGAGCAUCAAGCUGUUCUGCGACAUCCACUACGAUCCUUUCCGCUACAUGCACGAGAACAACAAGAAGUACAGCUUUGUGCUCAGUUUGUACGAGUACAUUGACACCAUUCCCACUCUUUGGGACAGCGUCAAAAAGUUUAUCAAGAAUCACCCGGAGCAUAUUGCUGCAGGCAACUCGAUGGCCUUUUUGAGUGAUGACGGCGGCGAGACCUACAACAAAUGCCACUUUUGGUCCAACUUCGAGAUUGGUAGUCUAAGCUGGCUCCGCUCGAAGGCCUACCUUGACUUCUUUAACAGCCUCGACCAGGACGGCGGCUUUUUCUAUGAGCGCUGGGGAGAUGCGCCAGUGCACUCCAUUGCCGCUGGUCUGAUGCUACCCAAGGACCAGAUCCACUUCUUCAAUGACAUUGCCUACUACCAUGUGCCCUUUACGCACUGCCCAACCGGGGAAGCGUUGCGGCAGUCGUUGAGGUGUCACUGCGACCCGAAGGAGAACUUUGACUGGAAAGGCUACUCUUGCACGGCAAGAUUCUUUGAUAUAAACAACAUGGAGAAGCCGGAAGGCUGGGAGCAGGAGAAAGACGCUUGAGUAGUUGACGGCGGUUUCUUCCCAUCGAAUGAUCUUGAAGAAUUUGCUGUACUACAAGCCCUGUUGUGGUUGUGUUUGCUUUAUCCAUCUGUUACAUUUUCUUGAUUGUCGCACACGCAUGAGUUUCGGGAACUCCUCGCCCUCGAAACGAACGGGAAAAAAGGGUUAACGGAUCACGGAGGCGUC